AUGGCAGGUUCAGACGAGUUACAUGGAAUUCAGUUUUUUGAUGCAAGUGGCAAGAGGUUAUCUUUUCGACCCUCUGAGUUGGAGGAGGGAGCUCCUGCUGGUCGUGUUGGUCAACAACAACAGAACUCACCUCAACAACAUAACUCUGGUCGUGGUCUCUCCAACAAUUCUGGUCGUGGCAGUGGAGGAGGUUUUGGUUGUGGUAACUACUUCAACUCUUACCGAGGUGGCUACAAUAAUUCUGGUAGUCGAACUAAUUGGAAUAAUGGUUGGAAUGGCAAUGCAAAUACUAAUGGUUGGAACAAUGGUGGUCGUGCUAGCAAAAAUGGUGGAUUUCAGUCUACUUCUUAUGGUCGGGGUCGCAACAACAACAUGGGCUCUGUGCUUGGUCCACCACCUCAAAACUAA